AUGCUCAAUGCAUUUCAAUGGAUCCAUCUAAAUAUAGUCGAAUCCAGUGUGUUGAGUUAUUGGAAAGGAUCACUGCCAGGUAAAGACAUAUUCUCUAAGAACGCUGAAAAACCCUCUAGUUUUGUCCACCUUUGUGAUUUCUAUUAAAUAAAGGCGAUGAUGGCUAUCACAGGAAACUUACAGAAUAUUCUGCUGGCUUCUGUGAAAGCAAUUAUUGACAGAUAUGAUAUGAUGAUAUUCAGACAAUUCCGCAUCUUAUUAGUUUAACACCGCUACUGUAUUAUAUAUUGCCUGGCGUUGAGAUAAUCUUACCCUGCCAGCACCUGGCCAACUCUUAAAUGGGGGCCAAGAAGUGGCUAUGAGGGGGCCAACCCCUUCUUAAUUAUAAUUAAGUGAUUGGGAUAAGUAUUUUAGUGCUUCUGGUCCAACGAGCCAGAAAAUAUUUGUAUACCGUUAGUUAAGCAACAAUUUUCACUGAUCUAGCUUCAUUCCGGUGAUUGCUUUCUUUAAAGUAAGCGAUCACAGAAAUGACGUGUGUGGACUAUCUAGUUGCCUAGUUUUAGAUCUACGACAUGAUCAGGUUUGUAACGAAGAAACCAUACGUUCGACAGCUUUAUGUGAAGUGUUAACGCUAAACACAAGUGUGGUACACUGAAAGCUGUCAUUCUUACCCUCAUGGUGCUCUUGUUAUAUUGUGUCCUUUGCAGCAUACACUUUUCCAGACCAUCUGCAUAAAUAUAGCAAAAUAAAGCCCAAUCGAUCCAAUUAUCACAGAUUGUACCAGUUAUGCGUCAUGGUUAGUCAAGGUUUCAGAAUUUCACUCCUUAUAUCUGUCGUUCCAAAAUUUCCUGAUUCAGUAAUACAUAUUGACUAAAAUAUGACUUUUUAAUUAAUAGGCGCUGAGUAUCAGAAAACGCUAUCAAUUGCAUGGUUAUCAAUGAUCUACAUGCUGGCAUACAUACCACUUAUUCCGCUAGCCACAUACAUAUUGGAACGUUUUGGUCUUCGAGUAACUCUGCUACUGGGAGCAAUGCUUAACUCUUUUGGGGCAUGGUGUAAAUGCAUUUCACUUGAGCUUUCCCAACCAAUCGGCACACCAGGACUAGCAGCUGCGUCAUCUUUCGGUAUCUUAAUGUUCAGUCAGACAGUUUGUGCAAUUGCCCAGGUCUUCAUUCUUAAUGUCCCGGCACACCUAGCUGCGGUCUGGUUCGGCGAAAAGGAGCUAUCGAUCGCUACAGCUAUUGGUGUUUUUGGUAACCAGGUAGGUAAAACUGAAAAUGCUUACUUGAUUGCUUUGAAUGCCAUCGACUGUUAUUUCGGCCACAUGGCCUAAAACCGUAGACGGCUUUAAUGACAAAUCAUAAAAAUAUGAACCCACAUGGUCAGAAACCUUUUAUUUCAUAUCUCUAUCCAACUGCCAACACUCAUACUCACGCCGGGUGUUCUGCCAGAGUCACGUCUCAUAACUAUAAAGACAAACGAUGUUCAAUUUUAUGAAUAAAAAAGGAGCGUCUCUUCUCAUCCUGACGGCUAGCUUGCUGGGACUGAAAGUAAAUAUCAAUUAUUUAGACAGGACGCACAUGACAGCCCGAUAGUUUGGCAGUUAAAGUGGUUAGCGAAAAUAAGCAUAUCAGCAGUUCACGUUCGUCAAAGUACAGAUACUUGGUAAUCAGGUUAUUUUUACACUUCUAGUGCCUGUAAUAAUAGAAAUGCAUACUGAUAAUUUGUUCCAACUGACAUAUUUUCAAAAGCUUUAAGUUAUUUAGACAAUUCACGUUAUUUCGUGGACUAAUCGACCAGUCACUUUUUGUGCUAUAAUAGGUAGGAGUUGCUUUAGGAUUCGGUAUUCCACCUCUCAUUGUGCCAAGAGCUGAUGCGGCGUUUCUACAGCUGCGCACAGGAUUUCGUAUACUUUUCUACACAGUUGCCGGAAUCACUACUGUAAAUACGGCAUUCAUCCUUCUUUGUAAGCAUUAGUUUUUAAUUUUUGAGGCGUUUUGCUGCAUGUUCAUUUUUAGAGUCAUUUAAGGAGGCAAAACUGUUUUUUCAGUUUUCUUUUAGUUUUCGAAGUGGCACAUAUCAAGUUUAAAUCAAAACGUAGGUUUUGAACUUUUUCAGGAUCAAAAUAUCAUAUUGUAUUAAGUUAGGUACCUCAACACCAGUGAAAACUAAAUCAUCAUCCUCAUUACUAUCGUUGCUAUAGCAAUACACAUCAGAACCAUAUCUGCUACCAUCCCCAUCACUGUUAUCAGAACAAAAGCCAGCACAACAGCCAUCAUCGAAAAUGUUUUUGGACUUUAUCACCAAUAUUUUCGUACUGUCUCACAUAAUAAUGAUGAUAAUUCUCAAGUUAACUACGGUUUCAUUCGCCAUCAUCAUCAUUAACUGAGAAAACCUCCAUGGCGCUUCAGAUGCUGCUGAGUGGUAACCAGCGUAAGAGGUAUUGUCUCUAUGGGCAGAUUAUCACGAGCAACUGAACAGAAGAAAUGAAGGCAUUUUAGAAGAACAAAAUGUCCUACGCGAUUAUGUAAACCCAGAAAGCGUGAAAGAAUACAAACGUUUCUAGGGUUUUACGUGGUACUUCCCGACUAUGGGUUUUUCAAGCGCUUCUGCCAUAGCGCCGACAAAAUUUUGGAUAAAUUUGAUUUUUUCGACCUGGCAAAAGCUGAUCCUUUUUAAAUAACAUUUUUCUGUAGAGUGUCUUUAAAAGUAGUCUUUUUUAAGUUGGACUAUUGGAUGCGUGUUGUAAAUUUUUGGGGCAUGACGGGUACAUCCCCGUAACGUCCAUUUGAAAAUUUCUGUCAUGCAGCUUCGCAAACUGCCCUUUAGAACAUUCUGCCUUCUCGGAUAAGUCGCCAUUUUUUGUGAGUGUUAUUGCGGUUUAUUCUACUGGUCCAAAUAGAUAUUUAAAAGUAUUUUUGGGUUUCACACAUACAAAAUACUUCUGAGCUCCGAUACACUGACGUACUCAGAUCAUUUAGAAGGACAAGAUAAUGUAGUUCCCACAACAGUUCUUAUGUAAGUCAAGUAAAAUCAUUUAAAAAGCUGGGAUUUUCUAAAAAAACUGUUUUAUUACCUAAUCGUGUGUUAACAGAUGCAGGAAAAGUUAGAAACAGCCUAUAUAUAGUUGUCAGGAUUGAAAUCUAGAUCACUACUUCGGUGACAGCAGUUAAUAAAGAUCAAGAUCGGCCAAAUGUAUGGGUAACUAUUAUCUCGUAUUUUGAAGCGUACUUUAGAACCGUGCAAAAAAUAACAAACCAGGCGGAGUACAAACACUACUUUUGGUAGACGAACCAGGAACUGGCCAAAAUUGCAUCUAAAUUAAUCAACAUGUCCGCACAAAGUUGUAUUUACCGACAUUUCCUACUCAAACUUGUCAACCGCUCUUAGGCCUGACCGCUAUUUCGAAAAUAUUGUCACGGUUGUACUUUAUUUUGCCUUCGUGAGGACGCAUAUCUACAAAUAUUCUUGGAUACUAUAAACCGACACCCUGUUUUUGCCGUGACCUUUGUAAAGGGACUUACUUAAUCCUAUUUUGCAUUGUUCAUUCGGUAGAGGUCUUUAGACUAAUUUAAACACCUACCGGUUAUUUGGAGAAGUGAAGGAUUUCAUGCGUGCAUUUGGUUUAUUGCGUCUUCCGAUAUUUCAGUUUUCAAAACGUCACCGGAAAUUCCUCCAACAAUAGCGCAACAUGCCAAACUUCAAAAAACAAUAUCCAUAUCAUCAGUCAUCACUGAAGAGGAUGCUGCUGUUGCGGCGUAUUACCCCGACGAAGAUGGUGAGUAUAAUAGGCUAUUUCCCUCAGUUUUGUUAUUGUGAAUAUAUGGAAGUUAGUCUUCAACAGUUAAAUGAAAGAAAGCAUUAGAAAGGUAGAAUUAUGUCCAAAAUGUAGGCACUGAACAAAAAGAACUGUAGGCAAAUCAUAUGCUAAGGAAGGAGGAAUUCAUCUGAUCAACGACCUUAUGCCGCACUACCAAACCCACGUUAUAUCUGCCAGGUCCUCUGUCGUUGAGCUGUCAUAGCAAAUCCUGCCGGUUUUACGAAUUAUUUCAUAUUUCAUUCUUUGCGAUUCUUUACUCCCAACCAAUCUAAUUGUGGACUGCUGUUCUUUUGGAACUGCGAAGCUAAAUCCGUACACAUAGAGAAACGCAAUCUCUAAAAAAGAUGGGCAACUAGACUAUUUUACAUCUUUAGAAAAUAUUGAUUGUGGGCGCGCAGAAAGUAGAGGCACUUUGAUUACGAUGAUCUACCAACUGUUGCUUUAUUCAUGAUCUAUAGAAGAUAAAGCAAACCUCACGCCUGGAGUACUUUAACACACAUGACACAGUUCUCCAUAACCGCUGAUUAGAAGUAUGUCGUUGGAUUGAAAAGCGAAACAUUUUGGUCACGUGGUUACUGAAACCAUCCCUAGAGCUCUUUGCUCUUGCUCAGUGGAACGAAUGGAGCCCAGGUUCAAGGACAGGUUUACAACAUUUUGCGAAUGACAAGCGGCAGGGAAUUAUUCACACUACCUGCUUAUUAUUUACACUCACAGUUUCAGGGCGACUUCUAUAAAAGACUUCACCUUGUUUAAGCUAACGAAUUUAUGGAUAUGUUCACAUAGACAUUUUAAAUUAAGCUAUUUCUUCUAGUUAACAAAUUAUGUAAAUUGGAAGAAGGCAAGGAUAUUAAAAUGACAAGUCGAACGGGCUAGAUCGAUGUUGGUAGCCAGGCCCCGCAUUAUAGGUGACUGGGAGGUUUGUUUACUGUGGCUAUUUUGCGGGGAUCCACAAUCACAUCUGACCCAUUUGGCUUCCGUUUUACGGUUGAGGUUAGGAUUAGGGUACCGGUUAAUAGUUUCCGCUUUUCGGGUUAGGAUUAUGCAUUUAGGCUUAGGUUUUCGGGUUACGGUUAGGGUUUGAGCGUAAGAUUAGGUUUCAGUAUUACGGUUAGGUUUUUCAGCUACGCCUAUGCCUAAGGGCUACAGUUACGUUCACAAUUUCGGUUAGGGUAAGGGUUGCCGUUAGAGUUAACGGUUAACGUUAAAUGUUAAGGUUACGGUAAAGGUUAGGAUUGGGGUUAUGUCGCCAUCCGCUUCCCAUUCCUGGCUACCAACUGCAAUCUAACCGUCGAACGCUCAAAGUCACCCUUAAAUAUAGUAAUGUUUUUUCACUUAGGUAAACUCCUAAGGAACUGUCAACCUAACUCCUAUAUCCGAUACUAUAAGAGAAGAUUAGUCCGUGGUAGUUAAUGGGUUUGACACCAUAUUGAAACCGUGAGGAAGACUGUAUAGAAGUAACACUGCCCAUCGUGAACGUUAGUAAGUUAAGUCUUAAAAAAGCCGACUAGACUGUCCCGCUUUGCAAAUCCUCGUGGCUAUAUUUUUGAUGCACGUAUUUCCCUUUGAACCAAAAAUUCCAAAUCAUCUUAAUUAUUUAGCGGGUUAAUAUCAAGUUAGCUUAGAAGCGUUUUAUGUUUAUACUUUUAAUAGGCUAUGUUUGAAGAAUGAGUCGUAAAAUAAACAGUGCAAGUAUAAGGACGACGUACGAGCAGUUAGUAUCAGCUUGUAUCAUGUUUUACAACUUUCCAACGGAUGCAAGUUUAUGUUUACUUUGAGUAUCAUAUGCCAUUUAGAAUAUUCCGAAUGUGUUACGUAGAUCAAAAUCAAAAUAAGUUUUCAUGCUUGCUGUAUUAGCCUUAUCUCCAAUGGUCUAUCAGCUGGGACAUGAGUUGUAACGAAGAGUGUCCGUCUCAGGAAACAUGAAGGAAAAUAUUAUUAUGCUGGUCGAUAAUAACUUUAUCAGUACUAGCUAAGCAAAUGAAGACAUUAGGAAUGGUGUCUUCUAAAUUAAGGGAAACAACGCAGCACUGUGCGUACUUUAACACAUGGAGUGCUUUUUAGAGUCUGAUUUAAAGCAUUAUUUUGGCUUGAAACAUGACCCAAGCAGAUUAAGUAGGCUCAAAUCUAGAACACAACGAAUAGACAAAGUGGUUCUUUAAGUAUCUUUCUUUUUUGAUAAAGCUUACAGUCUCGGAUAUCCAGAAGGCAAAAAAGACACAGAGGGAGGCUCUAGUUAUCUGACCUCUGUAAAAGAACUCGCGUCUAAUGCAAGCUUCAUUCUUCUGGUCGCCUCUUACGGUAAGCUAUAGCCUGUUAUGGAGGUAUUGCACUUGUUCGGAACCUUUUUCUGUAUUAAAUUAGAAGUACACAGAUAUGGCUUUUCUAGGUAAUUUAAGCAAUUUUACCCUGUCCGACUCAAGAUAUCAGCUCCUAUUUGUAAUGCUUUUCGGAUUGACUGCAAGAAAAUAUCACCAACUCAGUUACACCAUUAUUUGCAGAAAACACUAUUUAAAGGUGCCCGUCUAGUAUGAUAAGAUGAGUGAUUAUCAUAUUCUUCGCUUCUUCAGCGGAAAGUUGGUCAUGCAUAAUAUUAAUUGAGGGAUGCAAGUAGUUUUGAGAAGAGUGUUGAUUUCAUGUUUCUACAGUACUACGGCAUAUGGGAGUGCUCAUUGUCUAACUGAUAAAUAUUUCUGCCCAUUCUUUAGAGUGCACUUUUCAAUACAGUCGGCAGUGGUCAUCGGCUGCCUAUUAAGGCAUUGACAGAUUGCACGCAUGCAGGGAAAUUCGGAUAGUUAGUCUCCUUUUGUUGAUUUUCAAGAAAGCCUAUUUUAAUUUGAAUGAUUAAAAGCGACUGUUCUUCACAAGGUGUCUGGUGAAGAACUACAAGCUGCAAAAACCUCAAAUAAAAGUGUAGCCUGAUAAUCAGAAUUAUCGGCGUUAGGAUAAUUAUUUACUCUGCUAUCCUGCUGGAGGCUAAAACGGUGAAACAGCAGCGCAAUGGUAUUUCUUCUCUGUAACUCUUUGUGUCGAAGUUGGGCAGUUCAGUCUAAGAAAAAGACGCUUUUCCGUGCGGCAAGCUGCUUGGUAGAUUGCCUCCGAUUAAUCUCCUGAUAGCUAACUGGAACUUACAAGUCCCUACGUCCGCCUAGGUAAUUAUGCCGGAAACAGAAUUCCAUAUUUUCUCACCUAGUACAUCCUUUCCAACAAAAGGAUUGGUCUAUAAUUUGGUCCCCAAAUACCGACCACCCAAUGCGCGACCGGUGUUUUAGAUGCAUGAUGUUGUUGAGCAGUGGUCACUACGGGCCGCCGCCAUUUUAUUUCGGCCUUUUGUGCAGUAUUUUAACUUCCGACUUAUAAAAAGAUACUACGGCCAUUUCUUCAUUUUAGAAAAUAGAUUUAUUGCCUUUGAGUCUCUCCAUUCAUGUCUUUAGUGUAUCAGAUUUGUGGUUAAUUUUAGAGGGCGGGCAUUUUCUUGUAUGAACAGAUGACUUCUGAACACAUCUGUUGAAAAACUGUGCUCUUAUUGAUGUUUAGAAUAAAGUGCUUUUAAAUCUAAUGAAGAAAAAUCCUUUUAAUGGCAUAUCUACGGUUUUACUAUAGAAAAGAAAAUAAUCUAACGUCGGCUGUAGAAAACCAUCCAAAGAACGUUUAACAAUAAUAGCCUAGUUUAUCCUGAUUGAAAACGUUGCAGCCAGAUGUUCGUUUUUGACAAAAAAUUCGAUUUCAACAGAAAACAAUGGACAUCCUGCCAAAUUUAUGAUCCUUGAAAAAUAAAAAAUCCAUCAUCUGUCAUAAAUUAUUUAAUCAGGUAGGUCUUUCGCUUUCAAACAGGUGUUAACACUGGUGUCUAUUAUGCAAUCGGGACUUUACUUUCGCCAAUCCUUCUUUACUUCUUCCCAGUGAGUGAAGACAUCUAUAAAAUAUGAAUCCAUGAUCCUUUUCCCUCACACUUUUGCCUGUCAAACAGAUAGUUUGCGAAGAACGGAAUGUCAAUGUGUAAAUGACACUGAAGUGUUCUCCAGAGUCAUUUAGAGAUGUUUUAUAUUUCUUUAAACAUCAAUGCCAAAAGAGAUAGAUGGAAAGGUCUGUCUGGCUCACUUGAAAGUCUUUUACGGUUCCAAAACUCAAGAUUAAAGUGUAAAAAGUAGCUUUAGCUUAUUUUGCUAUUGCCAACGCGUCAUUUUUUCAGAGAAAGUUGCAACUUUAUAUUUCAUAUAUCUGAAUUUAAUGUAAAACGUAGAACAACGUGUGCCCCUUUGUCCUUCAGUUAUAAAUCGAUGGCUUCAAUGUCUGACGCCAUUAUUGACUUUUUCGUUAGACGUUAUAGAGCUAAUCUUCAAGCUCAUAAAAAAACGAUUAGGAACCACACUAUUCGAAAACCCCAGAAUGCACUUGAUAGCAUGGACUCCGAUUUUGAAUCUUUAAAUCAACACCAACAUUGGACACUUACACAUGGGAAAAUUUUGGUUCUCCGCACUGUUGGCUAUGCCUAUUUACAAGAAUUACCCACCCUCAGACACACUACUAAAAGUUAUAUUUGUCAUUUCACAGUAUUUUGGAUAGCUUUACUCAUGCUGUGGUUAUUGUAGGGCAAGUUAUACUUUCCGGCUUUGGAUAGAAAAUUCUCGAUAUAUAUUUUGCUCAAAGCAGUCAAAAUUCGUUCCAAGUUCUGCUAUUAAUAUGUAUUUCAUUGCCAAAGAGACAAUGAGACGAUCAUUGGAACGAUCGAUUCAUUAGUCUGGGCUUUCAAACCCAUGCAAGAGACUAUCAUCAGAGACUGAGCUUUCAUGCCAACUAGUUAACAAUUGGGGAGGGAGGCAGGCGAGAGGGCUAGUGUCCGUGACUGUGUCGGAUUUGCACCGCUUAGUUCACAGUGGUCUCACGGCGUGGUGACGGCGUGUGCCUUCUGGCAGGGAAUUGGGCUGCGCCACCUGGCUGCGUAGGCGUAACGCGUGAUAACUCAGGGGUUAAACAAUGUGUCUGUUGAUGGAGUUGGUGUCAGACACCCACGCCUUCAACAGAUCCCGCUGGUCUUGUUUUUCGCCCUCAGUGGCGGAUGAUGAGUGGCUGAUGAGUUUCCCCAUAUCCAGCCCAGUUUCUGAAUCGAUCCUACAAGAGCUGGAAUAGGUCACUUUCAGCCACUAUGAACCUACGCUUUGGAGCCGGUAAGUGAACGACAUAUUUGUCGGCUUCCAUGGCCCGCUUAACAUCAUCUUCUCCGACAGCGAGGUAACAAGAGAUAGAGAGGACGCCGACAAAUUACCUUUUCUUGACGUGCUGCUCACGCGCAGACCCGGUGGUGAAUUUACCUUCAUAGUGUAUAGAAAGGCUACUACUAAAAUUCAGGACCUCAGCCAGCAUAGCAACAACGCGAUGAUGCGCAAACGUGCUUGUUUUAGAGCACUCUUUGAAAGAGUAAACACACACUGUAGCGAAGCUAGAGAAGGGUACAAGAACUUCGGCAUCUCAGUGAACGAGUGGUAAGAAAAUGUUAUCCGCAGAACGUCAUCAGACGCUGCAUACAUCGAUACCUCCUUGAUCAUCGGGGAUGUGUUUCAUGUUCUCCUGUGAAAAGUAAAGACUAAAUAAGUAAAAAUAAUAUCUUUUUGUGGUUAUUUUUACGUAUUUUGAACUAUUGCAAACACUUUCCACGCAAUCGUUCAGCACAUACCUUUUAUAUUCUAUUAGAUAUGGCGUCUUAUAUACGGAAUUAUUUCAGUUUAUUUGGUAAGGAUAAUAGGCAAAAGCUCUGCAAACCCUAUUGAGCAAAAUGAGGAAACUUGUGCCGGAAAUAAAAGGUCCCAUACCCCGCACAAAUCCGCGAUAUAUAUCUAGAUCUGUUUGCGUUUAGAAUCCGCGUAAAAGUCAACGCGCGAUGUAGGGAGGGACCACUGCACUUACAUUAAGUGAUCGAAUUUCAUAAAUGAUAAAUCAAAGUGUCUUAAGCUCUACUUCUUGUUCAUAAGGUCAGGAGUUUAGAUCAAAUGGAUCUGACCUUGGCUAUAUAUUAAGGCCCGCCAUACAGAAUAUUGCACCGGUGGAACUCGUUGCCAUCCGUAGUUAUAAAAAGUCCCAAUCAUUUUUCGCAGUGGUGUGGUGUAGAUUCGGCAACGACACAACUACGUCUAUUUCACCAAAUCUGCAUUAAAAAAAAUUAAAUAAUGCGUGCACAUGGUUUGUAAUACCCUUAUAAAAGAAAUCGCAUUCUACAUUUUUUGUUAUUUUAUCAUUUAAGCAACACCUGAGUGCAAUAUGCUGCCUUUUUUUCUCUUUCCUUUCGAAAUCCGUUAUCGAUUUUCAUGGUAACGCAAAUGCGUUCUCAACUAGCGCGUUCCUUUGUGCCCAGCAGCGGGCAACCUCAUUACAUCUCAAAACUUCACUGCAGAUGGCCGGAAUAUCAAAUGAGGAAAUAUAAACAUAAUCCAUUGUAGUGAGUAAAUAAGUCAAUAAGCAACUAACUUAUUGCUGUUGAACUCUGCACAACCACAAUUAAUGAUUGCGCUACUGCAUGAAAAAAGCAAGAUUCAUGAAGUCUUUGAAUUGCAUUUAAAUAGAUUUAAUUGAAAUAAUUCUAAACUUUAUGCUUUCUGCCUUAUGCAGGGAGAGGACGUUGCUAUUGGAUGGAUUGGGUUUACGAUGGUAAUAUCAGGUUUGCUAGGAGCCGUCGCAUCAGGGAUUAUAUUGGAAAAAACAAAGAAAUAUAGGUAAGUCACCAUGCAAUACUUCACUGAUUGCCAGAAGUCUGUUCUUUCGUUCGGUUUGGACAGUCAUGGAAACUUUUCCUUCAGAAAAGUUUAAGUCCCGUUUUACGUCUACCUAGAGGUUGUUAGCUUUCUAAAUAUUUUUGACAGAUAUUUCGUCCGGCAUCGAAUUCCUUAAUAGUCACCAUUAUGAUCAUCCACAGCUCUUUUAUUCUGCGAAAAUUAGACAAGACGAUUGCUUUUGAUUUCCUAUUUACGUUAAACAGUAGAAAAUGUGGAGUCAGCUCAAUGAGAAAUACCGACUCGCUCCAUCAAUUUUGCAGAGAAUUUCACAAGGUUGACCUACCAGGUUUCAGAAAAGACACUCCCCUAAAAUUCAGCACGCUAUCAUGCAGGACUCGGCCUUCGUGUAUGUCGCCUGUUAAUCAGCGCUGCGACACCAUCGAUGCAAUUGUAAUCCAACGCAACAUUCAAAAGCUUCCAUGUUACAUGAAAAAACGAAAAAAUAAGCGAAAUGAUUUUAGCCGUUUCUUGGAGCCAGGCACUAGGAAGUAUAAAUAAGCUUUGACGGGAAUGAGGCUUACCCAAACAAAAAUAAUAGAUUAUUCUCUCCGUGGAAAUAGAAUCUCGCUCUCUGCCCUUGAUCGUCGGUCCAACUCUUCUCUCGGUCUCACCGCAUUCUAUGGUACUCUAGACGAGUAACUUCUUGCAGUUAAUUAUAUAGGUACAGUGCUUUCUUAUGCUGUUUGAAUUCAACCGGAAGCACAUUUAUUUACAAAUAGAUCCACGCAGACAUACACUUUCUGCAUAAUUUGGAACAAAAUUGCAGUCCUGCAUCGAGGAAGGCAUUAUUUUCAAACAGGGGAGGAGCAGGCCCACUUCUCAUGGGUUAGCAGCUAUUCCCCAGUUAGGAAUUAUUUUGUUGAAGAGCUUUGUGUUGUCUAAUCAUAGGAAGAACUAUUCGAACCGAGAGUUGGUCUGCUAUUAGAAGCUGGCUCGUCAUUCUGUGGAUUACGACUUGUAUAACGAUAAGGCCUUGACGCAUGUCAUUUGCGCCCAGGUGAUUUUUAGCUAAACUCGCUGCACGCUACAUUCAUUGUGAAGUUUACUGUUAAAAUUCUCUUUAGUUUCCAGUCUUAUCCGUCCAACUUAUACCCCUGUUCACAUAUUAGAUUCAUCGGAGUAAAGUCUGUUUUGUUCGCUGUCAUUUUUAUCUAUGGAAAAUUUACGCAGCUCGUGUCCUAUGUAGCAUGCCCAACAUAUCUUCCUGUAAAGUCCCUAAUGUUAAGAAAGACCAUAUAGGUAAGCUUUGCCUAGGCAGGACCGUGUGUAAGUGUCAAUAAUCAAAUUAUUUGUGAUGCAAAAGUUGGAUAGAGCCAUACUGUGUUCACCCGUUUUGUAGAAACGAAUCUAUAGUAAAGGGAUUAUUCUAUGUAUUAAAUAGGUCCACACUCUCUCUCUCUUUUGGAAAUUGGCUAUUCGUUAGACCCUCCAACCCCCGGCAUUAGAAGUCAGUACCUCAUCUGCAGUUUUGAUAAGCCAAACUCAACUAUUUAGCAAUUACCCAAUGGCUUCACGAAUAUAGGUCAUUCGAAAAGCUUAUCAAUUUUUCAGCAGUAGGGCCGCUGGGAUAAUUUCAAGGAAGCAAAGUAUAUUCCUACUGAAGACAGCCUUCUUGAUGCAGGCUCAAAACCCAUAUCUGAUGGCUUAAGACACAAACGCCUACCGGUCACUCACUGUUGUGGCCCCCGUGACGGCCCUAGACCGGGACUCCCAAGCAAAAUGAAUUGCCACAUUUCAUUCUAAAAUUUGCAUAUACCAAGGAAAACCAUCAUUAUGCGAACCUUAUCAAUACGAUAACCUGGAAAGUACGAGUAGACUGAUUAUUAGUUUCUGCCCUUAUGGAAAUAACGAAGAGUGACAAGCAAACUCACGAAGCUAUAACUUUCACUUAUAUGGGUAUCGUCUAGUAUGCUUUCGGGUUGCAUCACAAAGUAAGUAGUCUAACUUCGUAAUUACCGUUACCACUCUCCGCAAUCAACGGUCAUCGGUGGCUUUGCGCCGAUAACAUUUGUUAACUACUAUUCCCUCCAGACAAGUCAUACUUUACCAGAAACUCUGACAGGAAUCUCAAUGAAAACUGCAGAAAACAAAGUAACCCGCUAGGACGUUAGGAAUUCAACGAAAAUGAACAAUGCAUUUUUGUACUUGGGAUUGAACAAUACGAACAACUUGACCACCGGUUCGACCCCCUAAGGCAACCCAUAAAAUAUGCAGACGCCGCUCUUCACUUAUAAUUUAAACAAGUGUUCAAAAUCGUGGGUAUUUCGAACUACAGAGGAAUAGUUUAAUGGAAUAUGCUGACAGAAGGCGAGUCAACUGCUGUUAUUCGUGGUGACAUUGCACGCCAUGAAAAAACACCUCCUUACACACAGAUGCUGAGGGGUGCAUAGCCAAAAGAGCCAGUUGCAGCCAGUCUGGAGGUCAGAUCGAUUGUUUUGCCAAAGCAAAAAUAUGGAAAAACUGUGUUCACAAAACUCUUUACGUCUCUCGUCUGCAGAAAAUGAAGAAUACAAACAGUCCGCCGCUUUUCUGAGGGUGCAUAAGACGGCACUUAAUACACGACAAAGGGUACGUGCUAUUAAUUAAGAUUAUGGCUGUUUCAAGCAACUCGAGGCUGAGAUUGGGCUUUAUUUCGAUAAAUGUGCGUCAGGUUGUGGGAUAAAAUUGGGGAGACCAGGUGUUCUACGGACAGAGGAUGACUCCUUCUGCUACGAAAGCAACAUCAGUAUGGUUCACAUCGUUCACUUCGUCUCUUUGUCGAACUGCAGCAAAACCAGCUAAUACCUAGAGCGUCUCAGUACCUCUAAGAGCCUAAACUCUUUGAUCUUCAAUUUUUUAUCCUAUAUAGUUGCUUUAUAAAGAAGUCGAAGCAUUUAUAUUGAUUGCAUGCCAAGAAACAACAUCUACAAAAAUAUGACUUGAUAGACGUAUGAAUUAAAAACUUCGCCCUCCCUCCAAUGACAGUUUCGAUGAAGCGACUUUGUUUCGUGCUCCCAACCUUAGAUACUGUAGGGCAAAAUUCCAAUGGCACGUGAUCCAUACUUCGAAUAUUUAUUUCAUCGUAAUUGGUUCACAAAUUGCAAAGCCAAGAAAAGGCUUGAUCGCCCCAUUAUGACGUCGAACUAGCGCCAUAUAUGUCAACCGCCAAAGCUUCGUUUGUAGAAAAUUCGUCUCUUUCUUAUCUGGACAUGCGCUUACGACGCUCACAUUUGUUCAGUUAGGCCUUAGCUGCAUAAUACCCGUGUGGAAUGUGUUUGGCAGGGGCGCCAUGACUUAUUUGCUAUGUCGCCUGUCCUCAUUUUCAAUCGUUUUGAUUUGUAAAUGCUAUCGGUUCAUGACGGAGGAGGGAAAAGGAAGUGCGGUUGACUCUGUGUGCACUUGACACUAUCCGUAGCCAUCCUUUACUCUCACCACUAAUAAACUUAAUCCGCACUAAAUAACACGAAAUGCUUGCAUCCGGUGACGUAGAUCGUUCCUAUCAUCUGAUAACCAGGCUGCAAUAACUCUCUCUGAAUAUGACUUCUGAGGCGACUCGCGCCACUCUGAGACUGAAUUUACUGCAAUUGGAAUUGUUAAAUUUGAGUAAUCAAAUGUUUGACACGCGCAGACUUCGCCUUUGUGCCUUGUCAGGCAAAGCGUCCACAACUAGUAUAAUUCACCCUCUCCUACCUUAGAGAUGGGAACACAAUGUGAGUGGACGGAGAGUAAUGUACGUGUCGCGCCAGUUUCCCCAAAAUCAGUAUAUCCGGGGACAGAUCAUCCACUUUUCAGCUGUUGCCGCGGUUAUAUUGAUCACCUGAUGUGAAAUAGUCAUCAAAUAUGUAGAAGCUAUUUUAAAUUACCGAAUAAUACGUGAUCGUUUUUGCGCAACUGCCCGCAAUGCUUAAUCACAAAGGAAUGAAAACGCGUCUUGGAUCCGCAGAACUAAGGCUCCGAAAUCUAAGGAAAAGGAUGUAGAAAUGCAAAAAUCCAGUAGGUAGCCGAUGUUUAUGUCCAACGUUGUCCUCGUCAGUCUAUCUUUGUUGAGUAAUCCCCGCGAAAAGAAAACAAUAUGCUAGGAACUUAAACCGCAUGAAAUUGGUUGGACACCAGCUGCACUGUUGACCCAAUGUGAGGCCCUAAAUCACAAAAACACAACCCGCAUUUAAAUGCACUUUGUGGUUAUUAUAAUAAAAAGGAAACCAGAGCUUCACAAACAGUUUGGUUAUGUGCCAAAGUUUGCAUGGCCUUGGUAGAGGAAAUGUCCGUAACGGUCAAUUUCCACUUUUCCCGCAUCGAAUUUUAUUCCUACGCUUCUGUACAUCUCCUUCAUUCUGUACUGUUCCCCAGUUGUCCUGUUGGAUCUUUUUAGCUUGCUUUAAAUGGCCGGCAGUCUCAGCAUCCUAGUUGCUAGCUCCCCCUCAUAGUUGAAUACUCUCCCAUACUGCAUCCUGUUGGUAUCGUAUCCUCCUCCUCCUGUUGCUUAUCACUUGUCGUUGUAUGCUUGUUCAGAGUCAUUCGCAUAACAACUACCAUAGUUUAUAAAUGUGUAAGAAACCUUUUCAUUUUAGUUAAAAGUCCCCAAAUUCGAUGAUUUCACGAACAAUUUAUUCCUUUAUAAUUUUUUGGUUCAUUGCAACUUUUUACAAUAAAACGAUAUUUCAGAGUAGCUCCUUCUUGAAUAGACCUGAACUCGCUGUUUAACUUGGUUGAGGAAUAGGUAUGAAGGGAAAAGCAUCAUACCUUACAAUUCUUAUGGCUCCUCGCAAGAUUACGUUUCAUUAACUUAUUUCAUCUGCUUUGAUAAAAAUUGGAUUAGCCCAAACUGUCGAAGAACCUUAUAGGCGCGACUUCAAAGAGUUGUUUUGAUCCUCACUUCGAACCUGCCAGGUUACGCAUUGCAGCCCGACUUUGCAAUUGGAAUUCAUCACCUUCUCGGCGGUGCUAUUAGUGGGGAUCUGCUGCCACCUGUUCACAUUAAACGUUCAACGCCAAUUUUUAUCUAUAUACCCUAUUGAUGAAUGGCUGCUGUUUGCUGCAAAUGUUUCUAUGAGCUUCUCAAACAAUGUUUUUUGGCAUGUCGAGCUGGGUGGAUCUGUUCUUACUGCACUAUUUAAACGCCAGCGGUCUAUUUUAGUCAUUUGUUGGAGCGAUCCACGGAUGAAUGUCUUGAAGCAUAAAAACCGUCUUUUAUCGCAGUCUUCAAGUAAUUAAGAUAUGAAAGGUAUCAACUGAAAAGUUUUUGGCUUACAGGUUGACUGUAAUAACAUUCUACGUUAUGAGCGUGGUUUCCUUUGCUGGCUACAUUGGACUUACUUACACAAAAUCCAUCGUUGCCAUAUUUUUUGCAAUGUUUAUUCUAGGGUAAGUUCGAUUAUUAUAUAUAUAAAUAUUUGCCGGAAUGAUCACAUACAAUUACUUACUUCCGUUUACUUUAAGGCUCGAAAUCAAUAUUUAUAAUCCAUUACAGAAUACGACUACCGCAAAUCCAAUAACUACUUAUACUUUUUCCAGUUACUACGACAAAGUUUUAUCGAAAGGAAGAUUAUAGAUUGUAGACAGGAGUGACAGUUGUAAAAAAGGAUGUUUACUGCUCCUAAUCCAAACUGCUCUUAGACAAUGAUCAGUCCGGCCCAUUCUUCCCCAGAUGGAAACUGCUGCUUGACAAACAAACCUAAUCUCGCAUGGGAGUUAUGAUCAACGAUUGUGUGUCUGUAUUUUACCACUUCGUAUCGGCUUUGGAGCUCUGUUUUUGAACCGCUCAAACAGUAGCGUAGAAAAUAGGAGUCAAAAGUUUAGGUGUUUUAGCGAUGACAUGAAUGGAGGCAAGAAUUAUAAUUGUAAACUUUUUUACAUCCUCCAGCCGGUCACACAACAACCACAAGCCGCGUUGACCCAGGUUUUGAAUUUGGAUUAUUUCAACAUUUGAGUCAACACUCUUCUUUUGAGCAAUUGAUUUUCUUUUUUCGCUGUGCAUAAGAACAUGUGGUCUUGUGGAUUAUGCAACGAAAAGCCUGACUACAAGGAAGGUCUGUAUUCGAUUCAUGUAUAAGAUAGCCAGGGUGGCGCCCUCUCGUUUAGUUUGAGUUUUCUCGAGCGUGGCUUACAGUACCCCAGUUCCCGGCUAAAGCGUGUGAACAAACAUUGUCCAGACUCCGCUGAGGUUAUUUGCAGGGUGAGUUAGGCGUUCUCUCACAAAGGCGAAAAUAUCUGAAAUGGUCGCUCUAGUUUACCUUGGUCUUGCCAAUAAUAACUGUUAAAACAAAGAUCAAUUAUCAUAAACUAUUUUUGGUGGCGGAAGUUUUUAGAACUGAUACCGGCGUUACAAAUAAUUAAAAUUCUUACAUGAUCCGCUAUCACAAAGGUACAUUCCAGAAUAUAGGCUACGUCGUGAGAAAUCUACGCUAUUCCCCUGAAAUAUACAUAAAUUUAUUUCAUCGAGAUCGUUUUACUAUCAGGCAUGGAAAAAGAGCCUAAUUUUAUUCACGCGCUGUGUUAUAGUGGCCUUGAAAUGGCAUGCUUCACUUUCAGUAACUGGGGUGAGAACAUAGCCCGUCUUCCGUUUGUAGCGAUUUCCAAUCUUGUUAUAAAAAGAGGUGUGUAUUUGGAGGGACCUGACAGGACACUCCACCAUCUGACCAUUGUAUGUGAAAUUCUAUCUCUAUGAAAGCCACUAUCUGGAAGAAUAACGUUUAUUUGAUAAGGAGGCUAUCAGAUAUAUGUCCCAUCUAACACCUGCUUUACUCGCGCAAAGUAUGGUCAUGAACGUUUCUGUAAAACAUGUUAAUCGCUACUGAUAUAUUUAAACAUCCCCCACAUUUAGAUGCUCCAUGCUCCUAGCAUGGUUACAUAUUUUUCACUGCAUGAAUCCCAGUAUUUUUCAAGGCUGACAGAGGUAUAAAGGCGGUGAUGUAUUUAAAAACAGGUAGUUGACGAAAAAUCUGCCCUCUAAAUUAUUAAGGACUUUAAUUUAUUAUAUUUGUAUGAAAUUGUGUUGAAAAGCGCCCAAUGUAAACGAACCUUUCAUUUACCUUUUAUGAAAAAGUAGAUAUUAGUGCAACUAACAACGAAAACGUUCUUCUAAUACGGACGGAAUAAUGCUAGUUAAGUUGUAAGUGAAAUCGGACGAUCGCAGUACCAAAGAUUGCCAUCCUGGACGAAAAAGCACUUGGGACUUCGCCUCAUGUUCCUCAUUAUUGCCAAUAAGUUAAAUGUUUUUUAUGAGAUCAUAGUUCAGGAUUUUUCUAGUCAAAUUAAAAUGGCUUUUCUCAAUGGGAAACAGAUGCAGGGCCAAAUGCAUUAUUUUUAUUGUGCUUUGAAGUGGUAGCCCAGACUACUCGCUGUUGGCCACUUAGUGGUGCGUAAUUCAUAACCUGGGAAAAUCGGUCGUACGUGUCUCCUUACGGUUUUUUCCGUUUAUUAUGCGUUCAAGAAGCUGGAUUCAUUUAGUUGCCAGAUGGUUUGGGAGGAUGUCAGAUUAAAUUUGACAGCCGCAGACCAAAUGAACAAAGCGAGUGUAUCAGAGGAGGAAUUCCUAGUUUGCUUUUAUAAAAACACUCCUGUCUUAUUGGUGACAUUUCAUUUAUUGGUUAGGGAACAAGCCGGCCAACAUUCCACUUAGGCAUUUUAUAUCCGAACAAGUCUCUUUUUAAAACCACUAUUUUCCAUAUUUAGAUUUUUUCAGUCAGGGUACCUUCCACUUGGAUUCCAAUAUGCUGCAGAAGUCACCUACCCCGUUGGUGAGGGUCUUUCCUCCGGUAUACUGAACACAUCAGCACAGGUAGGAGUGUAAUCUUUUUAUGAAUAGAAAGGAAUGAUCUGAGGGAAAAGAGUAGGAGCAGUGCCUGAAAACCACACCCAUAUCUGCAUAUAGUUGCCUGUCUCAUAAACUUUUGAAAUGGUUUAGCGUACUUUAUCAUGCCGCAUUAAGGCACAUCGCAUCAACGUCUCUUUAGUUGUUUGGGAUUCACCGCGUUCCACUUUAAACUAUUUCGAUUUUUGGAAUGUUUCCCGGCGUACCAUGUGAAAAUCUUAACCAUACAUUUUCCACACGGCGUAUGUUCAAACUCAGGUGCUAUGCAAGGCAUAAUGAAUGUACGGUAAUCAAAUUAGGCUCUUAUUGCUGGAUAAGCCUCUUACUGCGGGGCUGACAAAUCGUAUAUGAUGGUCAGUCCUCAAAACUGGUAGUUUUAUCCCUUAAUAUAUGUCUAAAGCUACACUGGACGGCGCGUCAACGAUCGGUAUCAACUGCCGGACAGAUGAUGACUAUUCCGUUAUGUCAUUUAACUCCGGUCCAGUGCUGUCGAAAGUAAUAUUAUAGGAUCUAGAGUGCCAAAUCAGAAAAAAAUAUUACUGUUAAGUCGAGUAAAAUUACAUAGCUAUGGGAGGAUAUAUGACCGAAAUUGCUCAUUUGAGGCUACCUUUUCAUUUUCUCUAACAGUCCCCACCUAAUAAGUGCUCGUUACUAAGGGGUCUAAAGGGGAAAACCGAAACUGGAACUUCAGGUCUAAACGAAAUCAUUCGCAUUCGGCCUUGAAUUUAGCACAGAUCAAUGGACACCAUUACCAUGGGGUUUUAGGCAUUUUUUCUAGCAGUCAGCGGAAGGCGAGGCUCACGCGUACUGGUAAAGCACUUGAUGACAGUUCUCAAUGUUAGAGAACUUUGCUUCGAAGCCUCUGCUAUUCUCCGUCCAAGAAUGGGAUAUUGCCGACAAGUGAAAAAAGCGAGAAACUUUUAUCAGAUUUUAUAUUUUAUCAUUGUACUGACGUUAAAAUAGUCGAGGCGGUUAAUGUACUUGGAUGGCGUAUCCAAACAUUUAUACCUACAAUAAUUGGUAGUACUCAAGCUUCUUGAAUAGUUUUAAAGCAUAUGGGAUCACGCAGCAAAUCUGUAAAUUGUUUCUUAGGACUGCAAGUUUUUUGUUAUGAAUAUGACUCCGAGAAGGCUCAUAGCAAACAUGUCUAUCAAACAAGACUAGGGACAAUAUGGCCACCAAAAUGCGUCCCAUAAUAUUUGUACUGCGGACUCAAGAAACGAAGUCUAGACCAUCCUCAUUUCGUAGUAAUGCAGUCGGGAAGUGCAUUUCAGAUUAUUUUUAACAAUCGUUCAUUGUGGAGCAUUUUCCAAAUGAUCCCACAGUAACGAGAAGAUCUUAGUUAGCACAGAUCAGUUUUUCAUCAGUGAGUAUUGAUUUCGUGUUCAAUAAGUGUAGAAAUUUGUUAGCAUUUGCAAGUCUACUAUGCCCGUCGGCAAAGACCAUGAGUUCACAGCCACGAAGCAGUAUUAAUUAAAAUGACAGUUAACCUGUUUGAUUUUCAUUUUAGCUGUUUGGUAUCAUCAUUAUACUAGGUGCGCAAGCUCUUAUCAAUAACUACGGGGGUCAGUCUGGGAAUUUGAUAAUGCUGGCAUCACUGAUCAUUUUCGUGGUACCCACAGGUAAAGUGCACUGCCUCACGAUCUCAGUGACUAAUCCCUUUUGAAAUUACUCUACCUUUGGUUUUAAAUGUCAAAGAAAUGCAGACGCUAGCUUACAAUAAAGUUACUCUGCAGGGUCAUUUAGUUGAAUUCUAUGUAUGUCUACUCUUCUAGCAAACCAUGGCAUUUCGUUAACCUUUUUCAACUUUUCUGCUGACCAAAACGAACUAAAUCCUCGCAAUGUCAAUGGCAGGUUACAAGAACAUUUUUGCAAGGACAUAUGGUGUCACAUAACUAUCUGUUCUAUUUUAUAAUUGUUCUUUUGGUGAUAUUAGAAACAAUUUUGCCUGAAACAUGUUUUAUAUACCAAAUAUCGUGAUAAAGUGAAUAGAUGUUUAAAACGCACAUUUGAUUAGAUUACUUUAAGUUGCAUCAUUGAUAUUUUUCGUCACUUACAAAAAGCUAAAUUUUACAAUAUUCUACCUUGUCUUUUAAAUUAAAUUUAGAUAUAUUUUUGUUUGCAACUGUGUUUAUUCUGAGGGCGCCAUAAACGUUUGAUUUUUCCUACUAAUUCAGAGGACUAGUCUCUCUUGCAAGAUUUUUUAUGGGUAAUAAUAUUAAACCGAAAAUAAAUCCAUAAUUAUGAGACGUUUUCAGGUUAUGACACAUGUUUUUUUUGUCACGCUCCAUUCGCAGUUAUAAAAACGGAUCCAGAUUAUGUAGCAGGAUUGAAUGUACUUUUGAAUUCCAUGACUAGCAACAGGGCUACUCUCCGCACCACAAACGGACAUACAAUUUUUGUCAGUAAAAAUACUCAACAUUUAACUUACUGAUUACAGCACGAACAAUUACAUAGUUUGUCUUUAUAAUAAUACACACCAUCUAAUAUUCUCCGAGCGGAAUGAUGCCUUUUGUUACAAAAACAAUUAAAAGAUAAAGGUUUCUAGUAUUUUUCGCCCAAGAUAAUUAAACGUACGUCAAAUGAAGUCGAUUGGAAAAGCAAACACUGCGCAUAUAGGGACUUUUUGCUAAGAGUUUCCGCCUGGCCUGAAAUUCUGCUUACCGGGAGAACGCCAUACCUCUGAAUCAACCUAUGUACUGAUCGGUGACGAAAACUCUGCUAUCAAUUUGUAUUUAGUCGAAAGACUCUUUUUAAGUGUUAAUUAAUGGUUCAUAUAUUUUUUCGUCCAGUCGAAUUAUAUUACCACGCACUACUUGUCUAGAAAAUCAGUCGCAAUGUAUUUGUUAAAAAAAUGUUGCUAUUUCAUUUCUUUAGCCUUCUUAAAAGAAGAUUUACGAAGACAGCGAGCAGGACAACGGGUGAGCUGGCCAAAGUUAUUUGUCAGUUUCUUGGCAUUUAGUACAAAAACGGAUUAUCAGGCAGUAUUUAUUUAUGGAUAUCGGUGCAUUACACAUAUCUUAACGGUUAACCGAACAUCCGCACACGUCGAAACAGCUUCCUUAAGUUGGUGGAAUGUUUAUUGGAUGAGAUUUAAAACGAUGUAAAAUAAAGCAGCGUGUUUGUUUGGUUGGUCUUAGAUGGUGGUAAUUAAGGUGUCCAAUUCAAUUUAAGUUUAUUGUAUCUAUCAAUUUACACAGGCAGCAUUCAUUUUCGCCUAGAUUGUUAUAUCCAGCAUCUUAUAUAACAGUGUCUUUAGACUGUCAUGAUAUCUCCGAAUAUGAUUUUUAUAUCGAAUCCGAAAUACAUUUAUGUAUUUUUAUUAAGUAUGUUGAUGAUGCUUACACACUAGGUAACGAUGUCCUGACAAGAACUCAGAAAAAAUAUUACAGCGAUUAUUUUUAAUAAUCCGAAAUAACUUCGCGAUUUCUGCUGUCAAAAUCACCAGGUUUUGUUACUCCAGACCCAUUAUAGAAGCAUCUAUCAAGUGGUCUUGACAACAGUAGAGAGAGGGAGCCCACAUAACUGUCAGCAGACUGUCGAUCGUGUCACAUGGGGCAUACAUUCGGCAUACAUUUGCAGGCUGUUGCAGAGAUAACACUGCCAACAACGAUUAAUUCCCACGACCUCAUACCUUAACAGAAAAUCCAGUAUUUUGUGAAAUUUACUUUUUGUUUAUUGUUUAAUUACUACCCUCAUUUCCUUUGUCGUACAAAAACAUGGGAGAAGACGUUCGGCAUAAAUCCAGGCAACUUCUGUGUUGUAUUUCAUUUUGUCAGCUUACUGCCUAGCGUGCUGGUCCAUGCAUAACACUCCCUUUACCAUAGAUCACGUAUAGCACGGUCCACAGUCAACUGACAGUUAAGUUGUGUCCUUUUCUAUACCGUUGCCGUGUUCUUUAAUCAAAGAGAUGGUUUUUACUUUUUUAACAUACAAUAACUUUGUAAGUUGCGUUUUUGGGAGACAGCACAAAUUUGGAAGACACGAUUAGAUUUAUUCUACGUUGUGAUGCAAUCCGUCCCAUAAGAUUCAUUAGGCCAUAAGAUUUAUUUCAACCAAAGAUUUAGAAACCAUAAGUGUCUAUCUGGCGAUUGCACUUGAAUAACAACACCUGCGUUCGACAAAAAAUGCACCAACCGACCUAUUUCGCAACAAUUAUUACUAUUACUAUAGAUAAAAUUUGAAAAAUUGUAACCUUAAAUAGGAAACCGGCCUAUCUUUAGGUAGCCCUCAAACUACAAGUCGCCAAACAUUUGCCGCGUACCUCAUGACGAAGAUCCUUCCGCAGUGUGAUUUCUACCAUAGAGGAUCUUAUCUUCACCUAAAAGAGCAUAAUUCUACUAUAUGUCAAGUUUUAUCUGUAGGAUAUUGUCUUGCUUAAUAGAUGUCACUCGGCAUUCAUUUUGCAGAGCUUGGGAUUUGUGAUGCCUCAUAAACAGUUGUUUUCUCUUGUUUAGAAAUAUGCUUGUCAAUUUCCCUUCACGGAAGUCUCUGGGCUUUGCUUUGUCCAACAUCGCAUGUUUUUACGAUGUUUACGAUAGCGUCCUUAGUUCAAAUGCAAAAUUUGCGAAACCGUUUCGUCUUCUAUUGUAGCCUUCGGAAGAUGAAGCGUCCGUUGACAAUGAGAGCAAAAACCAACUGAAGGAUUCGCCCAACAUUAAAAAUUAA